AUGGGAGGUGAUGGUGACAAAGACAAAGGCUUGCAUGGUGAAGGGGACGGUGACAAAGACAAAGGGUUUUUUGGGUAUCCACCAGCUGGAUAUCCUGGAGCAUAUCCACCCGCUGGAUACCCACCACAGCAAGGUUACCCUCCACCACCUGGUGCUUACCCACCCGCUGGUUAUCCUCCGAAUGCAUACCCGCCUGCACCCGGUGGGUAUCCUCCAGCUCCUGGUUAUGGUGGUUACCCUCCUGCACCCGGUUAUGGAGGUUAUCCUCCUGCUGGCUAUCCAGCUCCUCCUCAUCACUCAGGGCACGCAGGAGGAAUUGGCGGUAUGAUUGCAGGCGCUGCAGCAGCCUAUGGAGCUAGCCACAUAGCUCAUGGCUCUCACGGUCCUUACGGACACGCUGCAUAUGGUCACGGUGGCUAUGGUCAUGGUGGCUAUGGCUAUGGACAUGGUAAGUUCAAGCACGGGAAGCAUGGAAAGUUCAAGCAUGGGAAGCAUGGAAUGUUUGGAGGAGGUAAAUUCAAGAAGUGGAAGUGA